AUGAAGUUCUCUGCCGUCUUUGCUGCUCUGUUGGCCGCUGGUAUCGUCAGUGCGCAGUUUGGCAAUAUUCCCCAAUGCUCGGUGCAAUGUCUGCUCGACGCGCUCACCAAAGAUGGAUGCGAUCACUUGACUGAUUUUGCAUGUCACUGUCAAAAGCCCGGGCUAAUCCAGACGGUCCAGCCUUGCGUCGAGAAAGCGUGCGCCCAGCCCGAGCAGGCUGCCGUCUCCAGUAUCGUUGUCGACCAGUGCUCGAAAGCCGGUCACCCCAUUUCUGUGCCGCCGGUUGGGGGAGGUGGAGGAUCUGCUACAUCUGCCCCUUCCUCUCAAUCGGCAUCCACGACCUCGGCGGGCAUGACCCUUCCUACCGUCUCGUCUUCGGCCCAUGGCUCAUCGGGUCAGGCCGGGUCUUCGUCUCAUCCGGCUUCAUCAUCGCCAGGCGGAGGUGCAGGGGGUGCAGGCGGGGGCUCGGGCUCAGCUAGCCAUACGCCGUCCGGCUCUGGCUCUCCCACGUCUUACGCACCCACGGCCACCUCGUCCACACUCCUCGCGACCGGCGCGGCUUCCCAUCACAAGGAUAACAUGGUCGGUGUGGUUGUUGCUGCUGCGGCCGCCGUUUGCAUGUUCUAG